AAAGUAGUCGAGUUUGGCGAGGUCGCCUUUUGCGUUGGCACGGAGAUUCGGUUCGUGCAUGUUUUUGGUUGCAGUCCGGAACCCGAAAAAAAACCCGCGUACAGUAUUCGUCUCUGUGACUGUUGCAAUUCGCUAGGAUAAAAACGAAAGUGAUGAAGUGUGAUUCUGUGCGCGAACAUAUAGGGCGUAGCCACGCAUUGUGCAAAAUCGGCUGAAAACGAAUGACGACAAGGCGGUGCGUGACAGUCUGAGUCUGCCAUUGGAAAGGAUAUCUUGUUGUCUUUUUCGCACUUAGUGGCAUUUUGCGUACUCGCGGGGUUCGCUGCAUCAUCGUCAUCCUUUCUUUUUCCUCUUUCUCUUUCUCCUACCAUUUUCUCUAGCUCCUUGUUCCGUAUACUAUUCAAUCGUAGUUUAUUAUACGCGCUACACAGACAAAAUUGAAGACGUCCACGCAUGGUGCAGUCCCAAUCGCAGCACAGUUCUGAAUUCAAGUACGAGGGAUACGAAUAAGGGAGAGAUACAAUAUCUAUGGGGGUGUGGAUCUAACGGGUGUCAAUAUUGAGGCAGUGGUUGGUUUCUAUGCUUCUGGCACACCCAUCGCUGCACCACUGCUGGCUAGCGAGUGAAUACGAACCGAGCGGAAGGACGAGUCCCUGAGUAAAAGAGGGAGAGUAAAAAGCCGGCAUACCGCAGCUUAUACUUCGCUCUAUUUUCCUCCUUAUUGAAUUAUUCCUCUCCCAGGGAUUUCACUCGGCUGGUCUCCUUACCGAUUAAUCUCGCGGGAAAGAAACCUGGUUUCGUAUGAUUUCAAUUUGCGAUAAAUACAAAAUUGUUCACGCAUAGAAAGCAAUCUUUAAACACAAUCUUCGUUUCGAUGUUAUUUCUUCUUACGUUGUUAAAAAAGAAUACUUUCGUCUUUUUUGAAACGCGAAACGGAAAAAGGAAAGACGACGGAAAAAUAAAUGGAAAUAUAUCGUAGAUUCAUUGCGUUUACGAUGAGAUCAUUGAAAACAUAUGUUUGCCGUUGGAUUUUCGUCACAAAACACACAGUUAUUAAUUUAUAGGCAAGAUUACAAGCUUUACAGUUUCGAGGCAAUGUCGUUUAUAGCAGAGGUGGACGAUCAACAUGAACAGCAGAUGACUGUUAGCCGAGCUGAUGCUCGUUCAACUUUAAUAUGAGUGAAGUAGUGGCUGUAACACCUAGUGGUGGAUCGACACGCCAGGAAAGCGUGGCACACAUCAAAAGACAUAAAUUAGCCAACUGUAAUGUUCCUCUUGUGCACGGACGAUCAAAUCCGCCGAUCAACACCCGUAAUAGGCUGACCACGCAUCAACGAAAUCACAGUUUGGACUUUAGGUCAAUGGGUAUUUUAUUGCCGCCAGUACCACAGGCGAACGCGACCACGCUGACGCAUCAUCAUAGAAAUCGAAGUCUUGACUCCGCGCUGCAGCGUAUCCCGGAAGUGGACGUGACACCGAGUCCAGAAUGCGAGACAACGCCGGCCCCCGUAGCUAAAACGGCCGCGGUACCGGCGUGCAAAGCGCGCAGCCGGGAACGCGAGGAUUUAGCCAGCCUCGGAUCCGACGAUUCGGGUAUACUUUGCGGUUCCGAUAGCGGUUCCAGCGACGCAACGAACGCUGCCACCAGAGAGUCGAGCGUCGACCACCUGCAUAGUCGUGAGAGCCUCGAUUCCUCGUUAUCCCAGCCAGGUGACAUGGAUAGCGUGGAUGCAGUGGAUGCGAUGGACGGCGAAGAAACUAGUACUCCAGCCUCAGUCUCAGUGUCGGUGUCGGUGCCAGUGUCACCUGUGGAACUGGUGCACUUGAGUGAACCUUCUUUGAAAAAGGGUGGUGAUUGUAGUAGUAGUGGUAGUGAGCCGCAUAAACACGAGAACACGAGCAGUGGUGAUCAUGGUUCGCAGGAACCGCGCUCCAGUAACGUCUGUACGGUCAAAGAACUCGAGGGUCAUGAGUACGCGCACGACGAACAACGACGCACCACCGAUAUGGGUGUGACGGUUGACACGCGAGACUUCCAAAAUUCCAUGGAAGUCUCGCCAGUGAACGAUAAACAGAGUGAACUGGCCGGCGCAGCUAUGACUUUGUGUUGCGGGACCGCUGUGCAAUCCGAAACUAGCGAGGCAGCUGUGAAAAAGCAGACUGGUGUCGUUUGCCGGAGGCAAGAGACGGUACAGCCGAAACCAUCCGAAGGUUGUUUGCUCAGACUGUUCGAAAGCCAGAUUUUCGACAUGUCCAUGGCGAUCUCUUAUCUUUUCAAUUCUAAGGAGCCUGGCGUUCAGAGUUACCUUGGCAACAAGAUGUUUAGUUUCCCAGAUAAUGAUGUGGACUUCUACUUGCCACAGUUAGUUGUGAUGUAUAUACAACUUCAUGAUGUUACAGAAGUUCUUUAUCCAUAUCUUGUCCAUAGGUGUAGACAGUCGGCUGAUUUUUCGUUAAAAUGUGCCUGGCUAUUAGAUGCAUACAGUUCUGACGCUCAUUUGCCAUCCAAAAAGAAAUCUCAUGGGACCAAAUUAAAAAAUCUUAUUCUCUCAGAUGAACUCAGGCCAAAAGGAAAUGAGAAUAAAAAACGUGUAACUGGAUUACAAGCUCCCGCACCGCCAGCACUGACUCCGAUGCAAAGCAUUACAUCACCUAAUAAAAAGACACACCAAAGAUCUCAAUCUGAUGCCACUGGAUUAUUUCAAACUUUACGUCGUAGCCAUUCCGGUACAAUAAAUAAAGUAAGUCUUGGGGACCUGAGCUCUGGUCGAGCAUUUGAUAAUGGUUGUACCUGUUUUUAUUCCUGCCAAGGUGUGGUAAAUGAUUUACGAGGACAAAAGACCGACUGUUUUUGCAAUGCGCCACGUCUUGCUCCAGAACUUGAAUUUAUACAAGCAUUAAUAUCUAUUGGUAAACUACUUGGAACUAUUCCAACAAAGGAAAGUAAAACUGUUCAAUUAAUAGCGGAGCUUAAUACUCUCAAUUUGAAUCUUCCUGCAAGGGUGUGGCUUCCUUUGCACAGUUCAAUACCGCAUCAUAUCGUACGAGUGCCACCACAAUACGCUGCUGUCCUUAAUAGCAAGGAUAAGGCACCAUACAUAAUUUAUGUUGAAGUGUUAGAAGUAGAAGAUAUUUACACAUCACCUGUACCGACAAAAAUAGUGGGAUGUUCAUUGAGGCAUACUAAAUCUGAAGAAAAUUUGACUGGAGGCGAACAGUCUAAUGUAAUGGGUUCAUCAAACAUAUCCACUUUAGAAACGCAACAAAACAUGCCACCAAUUAGACAAACUCCGGUUAAAAAUAUUUCUCCAUAUUCGGUUAGAAGUACGGAAGUUGCAUUUAAUUUUCCUGAUGAUGAUCCUAACGAUUGUUGGAGUCAAGAAGAUGAUGAAAUCACGCAACAGUAUUUACAACUUCGAAAGCCAAAAGAUAGAGAUACGAUAUCUCAAUUAAGUCAAGAAUCAUCUGAUAGUAAAGAACCAAUAUUUGUACCUGGUGAUAUAAAGAGGCGGUUAAGUGAAAUGGCUGCUACGCCUAGUGCAACGUUUAAUCAUGAUCCGGAAGAUCCAUCGGCGGCUGUUUUGAAAGAACCAUGGGAACUAAAACAACGUCGCAUAAGAUCUUCCAGUCCGUAUGGCCAUUUGGCAUCUUGGAGGCUCCUUGCUGUUAUCGUAAAAUGUGGCGAUGAUCUUCGGCAAGAACUCCUUGCUUCACAGUUACUCUCAAUGUUACAAAAAAUUUGGCAAGAUGAGCAGGUGCCUCUUUGGGUGCGGCCAUACAAAAUUUUGUGCUUAUCAAAUGAUAGUGGCUUAAUCGAGCCAAUUUUAAAUACUGUAUCACUUCACCAGGUGAAAAAGCAGUGCCAAUUAACGCUAAACCAAUAUUUUGAACGAGAAUUUGGUCCAUCUACGUCAGAUACAUUUAUUAUCGCGCAAAGAAAUUUUAUUCAAAGUUGUGCGGCGUAUUGUCUUGUCUGUUAUCUCAUUCAGGUUAAAGAUCGUCAUAACGGAAAUAUUUUACUUCAUAGUGAUGGACACUUAAUACACAUAGAUUUUGGAUUUAUUCUUUCGACUUCGCCAAGAAACUUAGGAUUUGAGACUAGUCCGUUCAAACUAACUCCAGAAUUUGUGGAAGUGAUGGGCGGAAGCCAAUCUAAACAAUUCCAAGAAUUCAAAACUUUAAUUCUACAAGGAUUAAUCGCAGCACGGAAGCAUAUGGAAAAAAUUGUAAAUCUAGUGGAAAUAAUGUUAUCAGGAUCGCAACUCCCAUGUUUCCGUAGUGGCGGAGCAGCAACGGUUCAAGGACUGAAAAACAGAUUCCAUCUUACAUUAACGGAAGAUCAAUUACGUCGGCAUGUGGAGGAUUUAGUCGAAGCCAGUAUCCAUUCGUGGUCUACUAAGUUAUAUGAUCGAUAUCAAUAUUUCGCAAAUGGCACCCUUUAAUAAUAAUAUCAAUUUCUACCCAUAUGGCAAGGAUAAUGAUUUUUACAAGAAUGCGAAAAAAAACUUAAGUUAGUACUUCUUAUGUGGUACUUCUUCCAGAAAUGUUUAAACUUUAUAGCAUUCCUUAUGCACAAAUUAUCUUUGAAGCUAAUUGUUCGAUUACAUACAAGUAUGAUCGAUAAAUGGGAAAUGCUAUUUAAAAAAAAAAAUAGAUUUAUUCCAAAUAUAUGUAGAAUAAGCUAAUUUCAGUAGAUUAAUUUUACUUGCUCUUGAAUUAUUCCUAAGUUUCUUAAAAAUACCAUAAUAAUUAUCUUUCAUAGAAAUUUGUACAAAUAUCGCGUUUAUUAAUAAUUAAGAAUAAUUUGUGAAAAAAUAUUGUUUACAAAAGUUUUAUGCAUUAUACCUGUAAAAAAGAUGGCAAAUGAAACAGGGAAUAAUUUAUGAAAUUUUAAUUGUUAUGUUAAGUAAUGUUAGAUAUGUAUAAUUGGUUUUGUUAUAUACAUUAAAAUGACUAUGUAUGCCUUAUUGGCAACUACAAGUUAACUAUCGUCGGUGCAGACUUUGUGACGUUGACUGAAUGCUGGACUGUUAGAUCGUUAUAGCCUAUAACAGCGUAAUUUGUUAAAGGUGCCUUAUUUGUAGAAAAUGGCGGGACGAUCAAAUCCGAACACAGUGAAGUGACUACGUGCGUUGAUCUACUGACAAAACUGAUCUAUUAUAAAAAGGACAAUCUAUAGUUUGUACAUAAAUACAUUGCGUGAAAUUUUGUCGAA